AUGCCCCUCACGGACCUCCCCAACGAAAUCAUCGCCCUACUACCACAGCACAUCGACAACAUCGAAACAUUCACCAACGCUUCCUCAUCAUGCCGACUCCUACGCUACAACUUCUCCAAAACAGACCCCCGCACCAUCCUCCGGCUAGCAGCGAACUCAGCACCAGUCUUCUUCUCGCCACACCCACACUUCCUAACAGCCAUCACAGCCCGCAAAGCAAGUGCCUGGGCACUGGGGAAUGAGUCGCGCACAGAACUUCUCAGGGAAGCAUUCCAGGGCGGCAUCGAGGGCUUAUACUCGUUCUGUCUCGAACACUCCAGUCUGACCAUGGAGGAUAUUCGACGCACGCACCUCGCCCGGUUCGAGAUUAUCAAUGUCUUUUCUGAUCGCAUCGAUAAAAUGGCCGGUGACCAGUGGAUGGACACGCCAAAUUUCUGGAAUGGCGGUGUCAGCUCGGCGUAUACGCUCUACACGGAUGCUGAACGAGCAGCGUUCCAGAUUAUUAUUUAUGGGGAACUAUUCGCCGCCAGCAUGGAUGCGUUUCUGGAUCCGGAGAAGAAUCUGCCGUGGUUCGACAUCGGUAUCCGACUCGACUAUUGCAAGUACUGCAUCCCAGACCGGUUUUGCGAUUCUUACGAUGCUCAAAACGGGUCCCCAGGAUUGCAAGUGCAGCCCACGGGCCCGUAUUCCUACCGCAAGAAUGAAAUCAAGGUCUCCCCUUCACAGGAUCUGGAUCAGGUGUCUAUGCGCCAUAUUACGGGCUGCGGGCGCUGGCGGCGGAUGUGGGGGUCUGCGAUCCGGCAGACUCUGGCCAGGGCCGAAGGGGAGGGGGAAGAGUUCACAGAGCAGAGCGAGGAAGAGGAGCAUUGGAGGAAGAAGUUGCUUAGGAGGGCAUUGCAGACACAGGGUCUUGAGGGGAUGCAACUGGUUACAGUAUCACCGGAGAAAGUGGCGCCGGAAUGGGUGGAGAGGACGCGGAGGAUCAAGGACCAGAUUGAUAAACUGGAGAAACCGCCACCCACGCAGAGGUUGGGCAACUGGGCUCAGUAUCUUGUAUUCUUUGCGCCGGACCUUACGAAGGAGAUUAGAGUUACCAUUGCAAUGUAUUCGGGAUAUGGGUCGGAUCAGGAUUUGGUUCUGUGA